ACAUGAGCUACAUAAAGAAACACAUGUGUUUGAUGUGAUGUACGAGGAAUUUAUUAGGAAAAUUAUCAUUAUGUUUGAUAUGGGUGAUGAGGUAUUUCAUGAGAUGCUGUUACCGGAUAGUCUAUAUGAUCAAUCUGUGUUUUGUUUAUCUACGCGCCUUCUAGUGUGGAAUGAAUCCAUUGCUCUUUUUGGAUUGCAAAAUGCUAGAUCACAGAAUGGUGCAUCUUUUGGAAUAUGGGUGAUGGAUGAAUUUGAUGGUCCUAAAAGCCCUUGGACUAGACACAUAUCUUUCGAGCUCACUGAAAAGCCGUUAGCAUUUUUGAAGAGUGAUGAGAUUCUUAUGGCAGACACAAAGGACACAAGUGGACGUAUAUUCUUGUAUAACCUCAGUACCAAAAAGCUCAAGUAUCUUCCCAUUCAAAGCGUACAGAAUGAUUCUGCAGCUGUUGUCUAUGACAAUUACAGUAUAGUUUCAAUCUUGGGAGGCAACAAGCUGGAGAACAAAGAUAAUGCUACCAAUGCUGGCUUUUCUCUUCUGGAGUACUCUUCUUUCCCGUCCACUAUGGUUGGCAAUGAAUGGCACUCCUAUUCAGUAUGGGCAAUACCACCAGAUGAUGUGUCUCUUAGGAUCAAGAAGGUCAUGGAGGCCCUCCGGUCAGAGUUCGGUGGGCCAGAGAUUGAGCCGCACAUUACUGUUGUGGGGUCUGUUCGAAUGACACAUGUGGAUGUGCUCAACAAGUUUAGAUCUCUCCAGUCUCGUGUUACUUCUGGGUACAAAGCUAAAGUUAAUCAGGUGGUGAUCAGGAGUUUCUAUUACCAGUGUGUUUCCCUCAUCAUUGAUUCAUCCUUGGCUGAGUCCAUUGAGUUAUGGAGAGCAACUCGAGCCUGUGGUAUAUGUUUUGGUUUCGAAAACAGUGUUAGGCCACAUUUGAGUCUCCUAUAUGGGAAUCUGACAGAAGAAGAGAGGAGAAAAGCUCAAGAAAAAGUUAGUAUCCUGGAUGAGAGCAUUACUAGCAUGAGCUUCCCCAUAACUCGACUUGCACUUUACAAAAUCGACUACAAAGACAAAACUCUCAAAUCAUGGGAGAAGAUUGCUGAAUACACCCUCUGAUAUUUAAAUUAAUUCUCCUAAUUCGCUGUUUAUUAUAGCUUGGUUUGUAAUAAAACUUUGGAUCACUGUUCUUGCUGCAGUGAUGUCUUCGAUUCAAUAAUCGGAUUUCGGA